CCUCUUUGCUGGUCCUCCUCGGUGGCCGUGCUCCUGCGCGAAAGGACCGUGGGCUCCCCCUCUGCCCGGGCGGCUAGCGGGAGCUGCACGAAGCCGCAGUGGGGAAGUCGGCAGCGUUACGUGGCAUUGACCCAGAGCUCUGAGACUCCUCAGCACAAUGACUCAAGCAGAAAUUAAACUGUGUUCUUUGUUGCUGCAAGAGCAUUUUGGAGAGAUCGUAGAAAAAAUUGGAGUCCACCUAAUCAGAACUGGCAGCCAGCCACUAAGAGUUAUUGCCCAUGACACAGGAACAUCGUUGGAUCAGGUAAAAAAAGCCCUUUGUGUCCUCAUCCAGCAUAACCUGGUGAUAUAUCAAGUGCACAAACGUGGUGUGGUAGAGUAUGAAGCCCAGUGCAGCCGGGUGUUGCGAAUGCUUAGGUAUCCCCGGUACAUCUAUACUGCCAAAACACUGUACAGUGACACUGGAGAGCUGAUUGUUGAGGAGCUCCUGUUGAAUGGCAAGAUGGCAAUGUCAGCUGUCGUGAAGAAAGUAGCAGAUCGGCUCACAGAGACUAUGGAGGAUGGCAAGACCAUGGACUAUGCUGAGGUCUCAAACACAUUUGUGCGACUAGCAGACACACACUUUGUGCAGCGUUGCCCCUUGGUGCCUGCCACUGAGAAUUCAGACCCUGGGCCACCGCCACCUGCCCCCACUCUUGUCAUCAAUGAAAAGGACAUGUACCUGGUUCCUAAACUGAGCUUGAUAGGGAAAGGUAAAAGGAGGAGAUCAUCUGACGAAGAUGCAACUGGGGAGCCCAAGGCCAAGAGACCAAAACAUACCACAGAUAACAAAGAGCCCAUUCCAGAUGAUGGGAUUUAUUGGCAGGCCAACCUCGACAGAUUCCACCAGCACUUCCGUGACCAAGGCAUUGUCAGUGCAGUUGCCAACAGGAUGGACCAGGUGAUAUCUAAGUGGGUGGGACAGUGGCUAUCAGGAAUAUUCACUUAUUUGCAGAUGUGGCCAUUGGCAUAUAGCCAGAGCCAGCACAGCAGAGUGAAUUCUGAAUUCCAGUUCAUUUUUCAAACCCAGACCAGCAGCGAGAUCGUGCGGACCAUGCUCCGGAUGAGUGAGAUUACCACUUCCUCUAGUGCCCCCUUCACCCAGCCAUUGUCUUCCAACGAGAUCUUCAGAUCCCUACCUGUUGGCUAUAACAUCUCUAAGCAAGUUCUUGAUCAGUAUCUCACUCUGCUGGCAGAUGAUCCACUUGAGUUUGUUGGAAAGUCUGGUGACAGUGGUGGAGGAAUGUAUGUCAUCAACCUACACAAGGCUCUAGGAUCUCUAGCCACAGCCACCCUGGAGUCGGUCGUACAAGAGAGAUUUGGGUCUCGCUGUGCCAGAAUAUUCCGUCUAGUUUUACAAAAGAAACACCUGGAGCAGAAGCAGGUAGAAGACUUUGCAAUGAUUCCAGCAAAGGAGGCAAAGGAUAUGCUUUAUAAGAUGCUCUCGGAAAAUUUCAUAUCACUCCAGGAAAUUCCCAAAACACCAGACCAUGCCCCAUCCAGGACCUUCUAUUUAUAUACUGUGAACAUCCUGUCAGCUGCCCGAAUGUUGCUGCACAGAUGCUACAAGAGUGUAGCCAACUUGAUAGAAAGGAGGCAAUUUGAAACCAAAGAAAACAAGCGUCUACUGGAAAAGUCUCAGAGGGUAGAAGCCAUCAUUGCAUCUAUGCAGGCUACAGGUGCAGAGGAGGCACAGCUACAAGAAAUAGAGGAGAUGAUCACAGCCCCUGAACGCCAGCAGCUAGAGACCCUGAAACGUAAUGUCAACAAGUUGGAUGCCUGUGAGAUCCAGGUGGAUGAAACCAUCUUCCUGCUGGAGUCAUACAUCGAGAGCACCGUGAAGAGACAAUGACCCAGAAGAAGAGUUUUCCUCAGAAGAUCUGAGGGGAUUGGAAGGAAGAAUAAAGGACGUGCCUAGAUGCAUUCUUUGCA